AUGAAUACAAACAAAAAAAAAGUUAAGGGAGGAGCGGAGAAACUUCGACUCAAAAGAAAUGCUGAGUUAAAGGCAUCAGCUAGCCACCCGAAUCAAAAAAAAUUAUGCUUUGUGUCAAAAAGUAUUACCUCUACUACUUCGUUAAAUUUGAUUGUUGAUAAAGUAAAUUCUUCAAAAUGCUUCUCAAUCUUAGCUGAUGAAACGACUGAUGUAGCUACGAAGGAACAAUUAUCAAUAAGCGUGCGUUAUGUGGAUAAUGAUGAUAUAUUACAUGAAGAUUUUCUUCAAUUUUUUGAAAUAAACAGUUUGACUGGUUCAAGUUUAGCUUCAUCUAUAUUAGAUGGUUUAAAUGCUUGCGGUAUUGAUUGUGAACACUUGUAUGGCCAAGGCUAUGAUGGGGCCAGUAACAUGGCAGGGAAAUUCAAUGGUGUCCAAGCUGUAAUUAGAGAUAGCUAUCCAAAGGCACUAUACAUUCAUUGCUCUGCACAUUCUUUCAAUUUAGCAGUAUGUACAUCCAGUGAUAUAAAAUCUGUUAGAAAUUGUUUGGGAAUCGUUGAACGGCUUUAUAAAUACGAAUCAUUGAAUGAUUUUGUUGAAUUAUUACCAUUUGUGAUUAAAACACUUGAAAACAUUUCUUCUACGUGGGGUGUACCGUCUUCUGUAGAUGCUGAAGUCCUAUUAAAAAGUGCAUUGGAUUCAGAGUUCCUUAUUUCAUUAUAUGUUACUAAGAUUUUUUUUGCCUUUGGACUACCUGUAUGCAAACAAUUACAAAAAGAACGAAUAGAUUUAAAGCACACUAUAAAUAUUAUAAAAACAUUACUUCAGUCUUUAAAAGAAAUUAGAGAAAAUGCUGAAAAAGAAUUUCAAAUUUUAUUUGAAAAAGUAAAAAAUUUGGCAGAUGUUAUUGGCACUGAAAUAUCAAAGAAACGCACUGCUGGAAAACAAAUAAAUAGAGCAAAUCCCCAAGUAUCUUCGGUAGAAGAGUAUUACAGAGUUACAGUGUUUGUGCCGUUUAUAGAUAAUUUUAUCUGCCAACUAACUUCUAGAUUUUUAAAUCAUAAAAAUGUUUUUGAAGGUUUUGAAUGUUUGUUUAGUUCAUCUUUUACUGAUGAAGAAAGAUUGGCAUUUGAGAAAUUAGUUGAGUUUUAUAUACAACCAGUUGAAAAGGAUAAUUCUUUUGUAGAAUUAAAAAUAUGGAAAGUUAAAAUAAGCAACGGAGAUGUCAAUACCAAAACUGGAUUAGAAGCACUUAUGAACUGUUCGAAGACAGAUUUUCCAAACAUACAUUUUUUGAUUAAAAUAUUUUGUACAUUGCCAGUAUCUACAGCCACUCCAGAAAGAUCAUUUUCAACCUUAAAAAGGUUGAAAAGUUAUUUAAGAUCAACUAUGAAUGAAGAUAGGCUAAUUGGACUGGCAUUGAUGUCCAUUCAUCGGGACAUACCCAUCAACGUGGAUGCAAUUAUUGAUGAAAUGGCACUUACCCCUAGGAAAUUAGAUUUUGUUUUAUAA